GUAUUUUCCUAACCAGGUAAAACAAAAUAAAUUAUUACAAAGUGACAAUGACGAUAACUGACAAUUAAAAUUUAAAUCUAAAAUCCUCUUUAAAAGUUUUGUUUUUUAAAUACAGUAUUUCCUCAAAAAUAUAACGCAAUGAUUACGUUAAAAACGGCUGCGUCAUGGCUGAAGAAGUGGGCGGGGACUACGACUGUUUCCGGAAACAUGGAGGCGGUUGUGAGUGAUGUGGUCGCUCCUGAAGACCUUCUGAAAUUUGAGAAGAAAUACAACAGUGAGUUGGCGAAGGGUGCUGUGUCCAAAGACACCAAGUUCGAAUACGCCUGGUGUUUGAUCAGAAGUAAAUAUACAGAGGACAUCAAGAAGGGGAUUGUGCUGUUGGAAGAGCUGGUUCAGAAAACAUCAAAAGAUGACUCUCGGGACUUCCUGUUCUACCUGGCUGUGGCCAACUACAGACUCAAGGAAUAUGAGAAAGCUUUAAAGUAUGUCCGCACUCUUCUAAAGAACGAGCCAGGAAACAAACAGGCUCUUGACCUGCAGAAACUCAUCGAAAAGGCUUUGAAAAAGGACGGCCUGGUUGGCAUGGCGAUCGUGGGGGGCAUCGGUCUGGGCGUGGCAGGCCUAGCAGGACUCAUUGGAUUAGCCGUGUCAAAAGGAGCUGCCAAGUCCUAAAAUCCUCACCUGGCCCUGAAGGAAUAACGCUUUUGUUAUUUCGCUGGACUAAUUCACUGAUUCUGGGCUUCAUUAAUAAACAUUUACACAGUUAAUCAGUUUCAAGUUUGAAGGAUGACAGUCAGGUCUGACCUUGUUUUCGACUGUGUUUAACCUGGUUUUCAAGUUAACGCGGUUGACUUCCUGUCUAAUUUGGACAUAUUUACUCCUCACACUCUAUGGCCUGACGCUUGUUUAUGUAUGUACUUGUGUAAAUAACUAUAAAUAGAUUUAUUCGCAGCUCAUAUCCAUUUGUUUCUGUUAUGGCUGUAUGGCAUGUAUCUGCCACACCUGCGUUUCCUGUCUUGUAAAAGUAAUAAUCAACAUUUUUGUUUUGGGGAGAAGGCGUUAGGGAUUGAAGGGCUCAUUAAAAACCUUAAAAGUUUUUAAAUUCAGCUUCAUCCAUCUAUUGACUAUUUGCAUAAAGUCAAAAUAGUUAAAGACAGAAAGUUUUUUUAAAGACCAGGCAGCUGAGUGGAUAAAAGGUAAAUGCACAAGAAUUGGGUGAGACCAAGUUUGACUCCUUAUUCAAAUAUAUUUCCUAGAAUCAAAGUCCAGGAUUCAGACCCAGUCUUAUCGCCUUUUAUUGACGGCCUUAAAUUCAGUAUGAAGAAUUAACGAUUGAUUUAUAAGUUACAAAUUAAAACUACUGCAGCAAAAUAAAUAGACGUGCUGGGAAAAAAUGACCACAAAGAGAAAAUGGAUGGCAAAAAAUGUUGAGAGAAGAUACUGAAGAGAAGAGUGUUUUAAAAUGUAAAGAGGACAAUAAUUGCAAAAUACAUAUUAAAUAAAACUGACUAAGAAAAAAGA